ACGAGUAAACUCGCACGUAGCCGACGGUUCACGAGUAUCGAGUGUUUUUAUAUUUUAACGUCUAGUAAAUUUCAGUUUUUGUUAUCGGUUAUCCUUCUCUUAUCGUGAUCUUCAGUGCAAAGUGCAAACUUUGUUUGGUAAUUGACAUUUACACAUUUUAAAUGCUUAAAGUAAUCACUCUUCUGUCAACAUAGUUUUCAUUAAAGCUGCCAAACAAACUAGAAAAAUAUCUUGCCUGGGUUUCAUUUCGUCGAGUGAAAAUCAAAUCGACCAUCUGAGAGAAUAAUGAUCGAAUUUACAUCUUUCUGCUAGAUUUUCCAAAUGGCAGAUGCUUGCAGUCUACCGUUGGAUCGUGCCCGAUCCAAAAUAGAUGUGGUUUGCAUGGUAGACACGAACAUAACAGUGAAUUUAAAUCAUCGAAAUCAAGUUUUAGAAGAUAUCCUCGCAGUAUGCCGGAAUUUAAAAGCGAAUUUUCGUCGAGUAACGUUCGAGAAAAUAAAUUUCGGAGAAACGAAUUGUUUGGAUACAUUUUACAAUGCUGAUGUUGCCAUAGUCGAUUUAUCCAAUCAAAUUCAGCAAAGUACCAUGUUUUACCAUCUCGGAGUACGAGAAAGCUUCGGUAUGAAGCAGAACAUAAUUUUAUUCAACGAUGUCGUUACCGAAGCUACGUUACGUUUUGGAAAUUCUUGCAAUAAUUACACUUUAAUUACGUAUCGUCUGCACGAAAAUGGCAAAAUGUGUAUUACGACGAAUCCUCGAUCUUUGAAAGAUAACGAAAAUACCAUAUCAGCUGCCGAUCAUCGAGUACCUGUAACUUGUAAACUCUCUAAAUUGCUACUCGAUGUCGAAAUUCAAUCCAAGACACAUAUCAAGGAGAAGUUUCUCAGCGAUUUGAGAAAAGCUCGCGAAACUUAUACCGGAGAAGAACUGAAAAACGUUCUGCAUAAUAUGAGAAGACGACUAGACGAUCCUAGAUUGCUUUCCGGUGAUGUUAUACUCAAUGUGUUGAUGUCCUUUAGAGAUAUUCAGGAUUACGAUGCUAUGGUGCAGCUAGUCGAAGAUCUGAAAACGUUACCAAAUUACGAGAGUUGUUUUCAUACCCCUAGCCUCCGGUAUCUCUAUCCUUUCGCAUUGAAUAGGCGAAACCUGAAAGGGGAUAAAGAAAAGGCUUUAGAAGUGAUAGAAGAAUUCCUAAAACAAGAAGAAAAUCAUAUCCCUGAUAUGGUUUGUCUUUGUGGACGCAUUUAUAAAGACAUGUUCGUCGAAUCUGAUUACACCGAUCAAACAGCUUUGAAAAAUGCUAUCCACUGGUAUCGAAAAGGGUUCGAAGUUCAACCGAACGAGUACGCUGGUAUCAAUCUUGCCACUCUUUUAGUUAUUAAUGGAAACGAGUUUUCGAAAUCCGAAGAACUGCAGCAUAUUGGAAUGGUUCUCAAUAAUCUAAUCGGUAAAAAAGGCAGUCUAUCUACGUUAAAAGAUUACUGGGAUGUGGCUACUUUUUUCGAAAUCAGUGUCCUAGCUGAAGACUACAGCAAAGCUAUUCAAGCAGCUGAAUGCAUGUUUAAAUUGAAACCACCAGAUUGGUACUUGAAAUCCACCAUUGGAAACAUUUCGUUAAUCGAUCGAUUUAGAAAAACGUGCGAAGAAAAUUGUCGAGGUCCUGAGCAGCAAAUUUUCGCCUUUUGGACCGAUUACUUUGUCGAUGCGACCAAGGCAGAUGUCAACGAUCAGAUCCGUUUCCCUAUUUUAGUGCUCGAAUCGUCAAGAUUUUUUGUACCGAGUUACGUUGUAGUUAAUUUAAACGUCGAAGAACCAGCCAUACAGAUUUGGAACACUUGCCUCGACUGCUUGAAAGAAAAAGAUUGUAGUAAAGAUCAUAAUUGGCUGUUCACUGCGAAUAUGAUCCGUAGUGUUAGUUGCUACAAACGAGACGAAAGAUGCCUAUUCUUGUACGUUCGAGGAAACAGUGACGAUUUUCAAAUGUUCUUCCCUUCGGUGAUGUGUCGUCAAAGAUUCCUCGAUUUGAUUCUAGAAAUGACCCAAGGACAAGAAGGAAUGAUCACCGAUUUAGAUAUGGAGCAGAGCUCCGAUCAGUUGAAGAUCGAAUACGAAGUGGAUGAUCGUGACAAUAAAGUCAUUUUGGGUCAAGGAACUUACGGAGUGGUCUACGCAGCUAGAGAUGUAAAUACUCAAAUCAAAAUUGCCGUUAAAGAAAUACCUGAGAAAAAUUUAGGAGAUGUUCAACCGUUGCACGAAGAAAUUAAACUGCAUUCUCAGUUACACCAUAGAAAUAUCGUACAGUAUUUAGGAUCUGUUUCUGAAGACGGAUAUUUUAAAAUUUUUAUGGAACAAGUUCCUGGAGGCAGCUUAUCCGAGCUUUUACGACUGAAAUGGGGUCCACUGAAAGGAAACGAAUCUACCAUAAUUUAUUACACCAAGCAGAUCUUAGAAGGAUUGAAAUAUUUACAUGCUCAAAAGAUCGUUCAUCGUGAUAUCAAAGGUGAUAACGUUCUCGUAAACACCUACAACGGUGUGGUAAAAAUAUCCGAUUUCGGUACAUCGAAAAGAUUAGCAGGAUUAUGCGCCAGCACCGAAACGUUCACCGGAACAUUACAAUACAUGGCUCCUGAAGUGAUCGAUAAAGGCCAAAGAGGAUACGGAUCACCGGCAGAUAUUUGGUCACUAGGAUGUACUAUUAUCGAAAUGGCUACCGGAAACCCACCUUUUAUAGAACUAGGGUCGCGAGAGGCGGCUAUUUUCAAAGUCGGUUAUUACAAAGAUCAUCCUCGAAUACCCGAUGAAUUAUCCGAAGAAGCCAAACUGUUCAUUAAACGGUGUUUCAGGCCAGAUCCUAAAGAAAGAGCGACAGCUGCGGCUCUCUUAGACGAUCCAUUUUUACUCAAAAAAAAGAAACCGUCUAGAGGUCUAAUACUACCCUCGGAAUUAUUCCACCGAAGUCAAUCCAUCAACGAGCAGAAAAUCUCUCACCAUAUAUCGAUGAACGGCUCGAUGCCAUCUUGCGAUCUAGAUACACCGUCGAUUACCAACAGCAUAAUUAAUCCUCAAUAUCCUUCAGUUGUAAUGACCAAUCACAGGACUUUGACGAGUUCCGAGAGCACUAAUAAUACAUCUUCGGAUGUCUUAUUGUCUCCCGAUAUCCUCCAAGGAGCUAAUGGUCCUGGCGAAUCGACCGAAUCCGAUGGCUUCUAUUUGCUGAAGAAAGAUCUCCAAAGACGUACCACCUUAUCAGCUGUUCUUACCGCUGAUAAACAGAAUAUUUGUAAGAAAUGGAAAGAAAGCAUUUAUCACGAAUUCGGUGACAAUUCUAUCGACGAGAAAUAUUUGAAAGAAUUAAUGGAUGGAUUUCAUUCGUUUAUCGCUAAACAAGACAAGCACUCGUUGAUGAACACGAUUCAUCGUUUGAAAAAUGAAGAAUUCCUCAAGAAUAAAAUCGAUCUUUUGAACUUCAUUAUACAAUCAUUUCACGGAGCUGUCAGCAGUAUACUAAAAAAUCAUACCAUCAAACCUCACUGGAUGUUCGCUCUCGAUAAUUUGAUCGCAUCUGCGGUAACCGAUGCCGUCAGUGUUUUAGAUAAUGAAACAGAUCUGGUGCUGGAUGGGAAUGAAGUCGAUGCGAAAGUCGACGACGAUCAACAAAUAAUGGAGGAUUCGGAUAACCAAAUUACUAAAUCGAGCAAUUCGAGUAAAUCAAGCACCGAAUGUUACCAAGAUAAGUCCGUGUCUCAGAAAUUCAACUCUUUGAUCCAUAAAAUUACCUCGGUGCAUACAGAUAACGAAAGGCAGCUACAACAAUUACUACAAGAUGAGAAAGAACUCAAUGUUUUACUCAAUGGUUGGAAUAAGAGGAAUAAAAAAUUAAUCAAUUUGUUGACCAAGUUGGUGGAUAAACAUAAUUUUGAGCAACCAUCUUCGACAGAAACGGGCAAAGAUGUUGUGAGUAGUUCGCAGAAACAAACACGGUCUGCUAGUUCGAGAUCGACAGAUUCAGGUGGUAACACGUCAAUAAAAUCCAAAUCUUGCGAUCCAGAAGAGAACAGCAAUGUUACGGUUAUUCCUAAAUCAGAAGUUGAUAUCAAUUUGAUAAACUGGCUUACUAAAAUGAAAGUAGAUCAGCGCUCUAUUAAUAAAUUCAUCGCUGAAGAAUACACUUUGGAUGAUUUGCUUCAUUACAUAACUCGAUAUGAUCUCAAAAAAAUGUCCUUAAAAGGAGGUAUCGAAUUACGAAUUUGGAACUCGAUUCAAAAAUGGCGUAAGGAAAACCACAUUCCUAGUGAAAACGUUUUAGAUUCUAGUCACGCUUAAAUUUUAUUAUGUAUUAAAGGCGAAAUUUUUUUCGUGAAUAAUUUUCUAUUUUCUAUGUUAACCAAUCCAUUGUACUAACCGUCGAACGGGUCUUUAUCAUAUGGUUUUAUGAAUUUUUUUUAUUAAUCUGGUUAAUACUCUUCUGUUUUAUGUUUAAUUUUAUGUAUGUAUUUUACCUGUUAAUCGAUGAUAAUCAUGUAUGUACUAAGUGUUAAAUGGCGUAAUUAUUGUUUACCUACCAGUACUAUUACUAAUCUUUGCUGAGUUACUUUUUUGACCGUUCUAAAAAUUAAGGUUUCUUUUUGUCUGUUUUAAUAAUUGUUCUAAUAUGUUGUUUUUCUUUUUUUUUGAUUUAAAUCGUUAAUUUUUUUAGCGCUUUUAUAUGUAGUGAAAAUUACCUCCUGUUUUACAUAUCAAUAAUUAAAAUUUUUAGAAAAAUU